AUGGCGCGGCCGGAGGGGCCCCCGACGCUGCCCGAGCCGUUGCGGCGGCGGCUGGUGUCCUUCAGCAGCUCCGUGUUCAGCGACAGCCACCGCACCGCGCUCGGCGACGGCCCCCGCGCCCCCCCGGGCUUCCCGGGCUACCGCGCAGAUUGUGAAAUCCUUUCCAGUUUGCCACUGCAGAUGUCCCUCUAUUUCAAUGUUUAUUUCUUCCCAUUCUGGUGGCUCAUCACAGUUGCCAUCCUCUACAUGAAGUAUCCAGCCUUAUCAGAUUAUUACAAGUUCAUCCUGGUCACCAUCAUGAUCCUGGUCUCUCUGACAGAGCUCAUUCGACUCUACCUGGGAUAUGUGGGCAAUCUCCUGGAGAAAGUCCCUGAGCUGGCUGGGUUUUGGCUCCUGACUCUCCUCCCGCAGUUGCCUAUAAUUCUCUUCUUGCUAUUUAAUGAAGGUCUGAAAAUCCACUCUCUGGAGCGAGCCAUCCACAUCAUCUUCGCCGCCUUCCUCUCCUUCCAAGUGAUGGCGGCGUUUUUCGCCCUCAGGAGGAUGGUGAACACUCUGGCCACUCGCUUCCGCCUCACCGAGUUCCACCGCCUGGAGGAGCAGCGCCCCGCGCCCGGCCUGAGCAGCCUGGGCGGCUCCCGGGGCUGGUAGGGCCGGAGAGCUUGCCCCGAGCAGCUCCCGGGGCUGGUGGGGCCGGAGACCCUGCCCCGAGCAGCUCCCGGGGCUGGUAGGGCCGGAGAUCCCGCCCCGAGCAGCUCCCGGGGCUGGUGGGGCCGGAGAUCGCACCCCGAGCAGCUCCCGGGGCUGGUAGGGCCGGAGACCCUGCCCCGAGCAGCUCCCGGGGCUGGCAGGGCUGGAGAUCGCACCCCGAGCAGCUCCCGGGGCUGGUAGGGCCGGAGAUCGCACCCUGAGCAGCUCCCGGGGCUGGUAGGGCCGGAGACCCUGCCCCGAGCAGCUCCCGGGGCCGGUAGGGCUGGAGAUCGCACCUCGAGCAGCUCCCGGGGCUGGUAGGGCCCCCAGGGCCUCAGGGGGUAACAGAGCCCGGCCCAGUGCACCCACAGUUCUGUUUCUGUUCUGCUGGGUCAUUCUUUGCCUUCUUGCCUCAGAGGUAUCAAAAAAAUAGAUCUCGCUCCAGAGCCAACAUUAAACCUCAGAGGAUGGAGCUCCUUUCUGCAAGAAAAAUCAAAGGCAAUUGCAUAACUGACCUGAGUGGACUGUUUGUGGACUGAGUAGAUUUGGAGGGUUUUACAAAGUUGUGGCAUUUUUAAAAAACCAGAAGCCUUUUUCCCCACUGUUUGCACAAAAUUCUUUUGUUUACAAUAAAGCUUUUCUACACUUUU